AUGACUCGGUCAGAUGUCUUGUCCAGUCUUGCAACAUUCCCAUCCCUAUUACUAAGUGCACAAUGUACUACUGUAUGGAACUUUGAAGUACUUCUUUGUGGGCUUCCAUGUUACACUUAUAGGGGUGUUUAUGGUGCAUAUGAUUUUAUUUUCAAUAUCUGCGCUCCUCUUCUUAUUGUUAUUAUUGUAAAUCUUAUAUUAGUAAUUCGAAUAAUCAAAGAAAAAAUCUCUCGUCAUCCAAUCAUUAAUUGGCGACGGCAUCGUAAACUGAUCUUGCAAUUUUGGGCAAUGUCCUCACUUCAUGUGGCACUUUGGCUACCACUUGUAUGGGUAAGCUUUGUUCAAAUAACGGUAAUGCCUUCAUUCAUGGCUGAUCAAUACACCAUUUUGGGAUGCAUUACAUAUUAUAUGCCGCUCUUAUUACCAAUAACAUGUCUAUGUGGAAUACCUGAAUUAGUCAAGAAAAUAAUGGAUUUUAUUCGGAAGCAUAGAUCGAAUGUUGUUGGUGUGAUUCAUUUGGCUGGUACAAUGCAAAGACCACCAAAUAUUGCUGUUCAAUAA